AUGGCAUAUUGCGGCCGGCCAUCCGCUGCCUGUCAUGCUUGUCGGGAGAAACGUGGCAAGUGUGAUAAACGGAAACCUGGCUGUGGCCAGUGUGCCCGGAAGCGCAUUCCUUGCCCGGGAUACCGAGACCCGGCAACCGUCAUCAUUAGAGAUCAAACUGUUGCGACUGUAAACAGAGUGCGGAAACGAAGAGACAAGAAAGCAAAACAGGCAAAAUACAAUGCCAGUAUAAAAACCGAUCUGUUGCCUACAACACCUGUGAAUGAACACACUCCAGGGUUAUCUGACCAUUCACCUACAGAUGUUUAUUCCACAGCAACCACAGCAAUUCCAGACCGUGACAAACUGACUCUAUGCAGUACCUUUACACUAGCACCAGAAGAUGCUGCGAUUUCUUUCUUUUUAUCCUUUUACGCCCCUACAUGUCCAAUGGCGUAUCUUUCAGUUAUGGCCACCUCUUCCUCUCUAUCAGACAUGCUUCCAAUGUCCGCAAUGCUUGCCCCAGCAUUAGCAAUGUUGUCCCAUGAGGUCAACCAGCCAUCUCUAAUGAGUUUUGCACGAAUGAGAUACGCAGCUGCUAUUAAGGAGACAAAUAUCGCCUUAAUGUCUGCUCAACUAGCCAUCACUGAUGCAACACUUGCCUCCGUCCUACUUUUAGCUCUAUUCGAGGCCAUUGCAUUCCAGCGCAGCACCUCGGCUAAGAGCUGGAUGGUCCAUGUCUACGGUGCGGUGGAACUUAUCAAGCUGCGUGGACCCCGUCAGUUUGAGUCGGCUCUCGGUCGUGCCUUGUUUGUUGACGUCAGCAACAAUGUUUACGCAUUAUGUGCACAGCGCCGUGUCGCUCCGCCCGCCGCUAUCUCCGAGCUGCGAGCAUACUUGGGCAGUAUUAUAGGAGAAGACAGUCCAGAAGUUGGUCUGGGUCAUGUUGCAGACUCUAUGGCCAAACUUUUGGCACGAAUGACAGUCGUUGGUGCAGACCGGCUCGACCAUGAAGCUGUUGUACACCAGGGGGGUGAGUUGAGCGCGAAAAUCGCCCAUCUGAUGAAGCAGCUUGAAGAAAUAUGUCCCUACGAUUUCAUGUGCCCCGCCGAUACACCGUCCCCGGCUUACCAGGACGUUGCUCACCAUUACCAAACGCCCCAGGCAGCCCGGCACUGGAAUAUUCUGCGCAUGAUGAAGUUGUUCGUCAAUAAAUGGAUCCAUCGUGCUGCUACAGCCAUAGAAGAUAGUCUAUUGAACGGAGACGACACACAUGCCAUCUUUCCAGCGAAAAUACUCGAGUCUGCAACGACUGAUGCUCAGUCAAUGGUGGUAGAUAUCCUCCGCAGUGUUACAUAUUUCCAGUGUCUGCCCUCCUCGAUAUACUCCAACAAGACCGUAGCACGGUGGUUAAUAUGGCCAUUGUCAGCCGUGGCUACCUCCAGUUUUGCGACGGAUUCGGCGCAGAAAUAUGCUCGAGACAGUCUGCAAACCCUCGGCGAAUAUACGGGCAUACCGCAGGCGGCGGAAGCCAUAAAUAUGGUUGAUGAGCAACAAAGUAUGGAAGACUGGCUACAUUUGUGUCAUCUCUCUUGAUAAUGAGAAGAAAAGACGGUUGAGCGAAGGUCUUUCCACUUAAUACGACCGCCUUUCUUCAUCAAGUCUGUUGCAAUAUCCCACUUAUAUACCACCUUAAUAUGCUUAUACAAAGCGUGUAUAUAUCAUCAGCCAACAUAAAGGAACCAGGCUAUAGACAGUUAAAUAUCUAGCGGUUAGCCUGCAGCUCAUCUACAUUUUCGGGCUCACCAGAGCCGUGGCCACGGAAUCACCACCAAAAAAAAAGACUCGACAUUUGGCUGGUCUAAGAUACUGUCCAACCCUCUUGGAGAUAACAGAAAAGCUUUACGUCAUAGGGCCACUUCCCACCGCCGCUACUUCUUAGGGGGGAAAAAAUUGGUCAAUAGACGUCGCUAUGGUAGUAGAAAAUGGCUAUCUGUAUUGGUAGCAUUGGAAAAUCCGCUAUGGACUAUCGCAAGGUCUUUCAAGUGGUUCUAUGCAUCAGUUAUCCAUUCGCUGCGCCUCACUCUUGUCCCCUUCAGUCAAAUCCUCGGCUGGGAGUUAUCUGAUAUUUUAUUAUGGAGUACUCAUGGGAGUAACGUCACUUUCUUCAACGUUGCAGGUGGAUAGGCUCCAGAGAGUGGGUAUUUGUGAGGUUUGUUCUCACGCCAUGGAAAAAUACGAGCCCAAACCUCGAAAUUGCGGUACAUACUUGAAUCAGGAUGUACUUCAUACCAGAUAUGGUGGAUAUACACUUACUCCAGUAGAAGAAUGACAAUGGAGAUAUCUCCGAAGCAUCACGGGGCUGAGCACCAUGAACGAUCGCAUUCCCACUUGCGAAAGCGCACUUCAACCCAGCCUCUGACCAAAACUGCAUAAAAUGGAUCGAGACAUGGAGCCGAUAGCGUCGAUUUAAGCGCGUCCCAUCAUUAAACAUUCU